AAAACGCCCCAUGGGGAGCAAUCCGCGGGCAGAACCGUGGAAUGCGAGUGGAGGUCCACGAGGCGGAUCAACUAAAUUCAUCGGCGUCUAUAAACCUACUUGACCCUUUGUUUAUGGGUAGUUUAAACACUUGAUUUUCAAGGUUGAGGAAACUUCCCAUACCACCACAAUCGGUGCAGUGUGAAAGAUCCUUGUUCCCCUCCCCAGUUGGGACCACGUGGAUUGUUGGAAAGAAAAAAAGUGAGGCGGCCAAAGUUCCAAUAGCUGCGCCCACCGCCAUCUCGACUUUCUCCUUCUCUUUACCACACCCCCUCCUCUUUUCUCUUCUGCACUUCCUGCAUCUCCCUCUUCUUUCUCUUUCUCGCCGGCACUGCGGUGGAAAGCGUGUGUGUGCCCGAAAUCUAACUUUUCCAGCCUAACCUCCCCCCCUUUUCUUCUCGUGUCCGGGGUUCUAGCGCCCGCCUUUCCCUGAUUCGGGGGCCUCUUUACUCGCAUCCUUUUAGGCCACCGUCUCCUGUCUCGUCAGGAUCGCCUGACUGACCGCCAUGACGGAGGUUUCAUCCACCCGACUGUAUCUUGGGAACCUUCCCCGCAAUGUCACCAAACAGGACAUCGAGGAACACUUCAGUACCCAUGGCUCCGGUAAGAUUACGGAGAUCAAGCUGAUGAACGGCUUUGGCUUCAUCGAGUAUGAAGAUGCCAUGGAUGCCCGUGACGUCGUACCUGCUUUCCAUGGCAGUGACUUCAAAGGAGAGCGACUGACAGUGCAGUUUGCUCGUGGUCCCCGACGCAAGGAGAACUUUCCUGGUCCACAGGAUCGCCCGGCGGUUCCUCGUCCUCGUCGGACCAUGUUCCGGAUGCAAAUCUCCGGUCUCCCUGAGACUAGUUGGCAGGACUUGAAAGACUUUGCUCGCCAGUCAGGACUGGAUGUGGUCUACUCCGAGACCGGCCGCGAACAAGGAAGAGGGUUUGUUGAAUUCGAAACUGCAAACGACCUCAAGACCGCCGUGGAAAAGCUGGACCAGCACGAGUUCAAAGGCUCUCGCGUGACCUGCGUUGCGGAUAUCCAAAGCUAUGAAGACCGUCCUUACCGUGAACCGUACCGGUCUCGCUCCCCACGUCGGCCCUAUCCUCCUAUGGAUGAAUACGACCGAAGGUUCCCCACCCCCCGUGGAUACAGUCCCCGGGACCAUUAUCGUGAACGGUCACCGGUCCCCAUGCGCGCAGGAUACUAUGACCGCGAUGGCUAUGGACGUCGCACACCCCCGCGCCCCCGGAUGGAGGACUAUCCGCCUCCCCGUCGUCCGUACGAGGACCCUUAUGAUGCCCGGCCGCCUCCGCCGCGCCACUAUGAUGACCCCUAUCUAGCGGCGCGGCAAUACGGCCGCCCACGUUCUCCUCCCCGAAGUGACUACGUUGCCUAUGAGCGUCCGCGCUACUGGUAGAUGACAUCUUGUCGUCAUGUUCGCUCACAUAUCUCUUGCGGAUAUAGCGAGUGCUUUAUCCUUUCUUCCUCUUGUCUCCUACUCGUCAAAUACCCAGCCGUUCCGUAUUGUUCUGCGUGCUCUUCCUUCCCCCUGAUGGUACCAUGCUUCGUUAUGUCUGCCGAGUUUCUUAGCCCGUCUCUUUAAGGUUGGGGACUCGUCCUUUUUUUUGAAUGUGGCUAACAAGCUUGCAUCCUGAUGUCCUCUUCUACAUCUCGAGCUGGGCUUUAUAUGCUCGGCGUCGGUACUAGGAAGUGUUUGAUGCAAUGCUAUCGGGGACGCAUUUCAAAAGUGGAGCUUAAUCUCCUCCGGGCCGACAGUAAUGCAUUUGCAACUUUACUACCCUGAUUUUCACACCUCGGUCGCCCGUUGCUCUGAUUCUUCUUUUGUCUGCUUCUGCAUUCUGGAUUUUACUUUGUCUGUAAAGAUAUCGACGGAUCUAGGGGCGCAGAGGGGGGAUUGGAUUUUAUGUUAUGAUAUGUUGACGGACUUUGUGCAUCUUACCUGGUCGAUGACAGUGUUUCUCAGCUAUCUUCAGCUAUUCUCAGCUACGAUGAUGACUAGGGUGUGAUGUGACGCAACGGUGCAGACCGGUCUGUAGUGCUAAUAAUUUACCUUUUUGUCUCCA